CGUGCUAAAUUCUCUUUCUACUACAAAAAAACAACAAAACAGAGCUCAUAGUGCUUUUUCCUGUGUUUUUCAGAUUCUUGUGGAAUAAGGUAUGAUCAUCAAGUUUCAAAAACUCAAGGCAUAGUCACAACACUGCAUAUUUGCAUUCAACCCAACAAAAAAUCUACUCAAAAUCUUUCACAGUUUGUGUUGAAAUGAGAGUACAAGCAAAGAUUCCUCUGUUUUCUUUUAUGUUUUUAUGGUUUUGGGUGUCUUCAAAUGGCUUGCUUUCACCUAAAGGUGUCAACUUUGAAGUUCAAGCUUUAAUGGGUAUCAAAGCUUCUUUGUUGGACCCUCAUGGUGUUCUUGAAAAUUGGGAUGCUGAUGCUGUUGAUCCUUGUAGCUGGACUAUGGUCACCUGCUCUGCUGAAAGUUUAGUCAUUGGCUUGGGAACACCAAGUCAAAAUUUAUCUGGCACACUUUCUCCAAGCAUUGGCAACCUCACCAAUCUUCAGAUUGUAUUGUUGCAGAAUAAUAACAUCACAGGGUCAAUCCCAAAAGAAAUUGGUAAACUGAAGAUGCUACAAACACUUGAUCUUUCUGAUAAUCAUUUCACUAAUGAAAUCCCAUCUUCUUUGGGUCACUUGACAGCCCUUCAAUACAUGAGGCUAAACAACAACAGUCUUUCUGGGCCAAUUCCAGAAUCAGUAGUUAACAUGACCCAACUUGCAUUUGUAGACUUGUCUUACAAUAAUUUGAGUGGCCCUGUUCCUAGAUUUCCUUCCAAGACUUUCAACAUUGUUGGGAACCCUCUCAUGUGUCCAACAGGAUCUGACCAACAAUGCUAUGGAAUGACACUUAUGCCCAUCUCUAUGCCACUAAAUACCACACAAGCUGCAAACACCUCAUCAAGAAGAAAAACUCAUAAAACGGCUAUUGCCGUCGGUACUAGCCUCGGAUGCGUUUUCAUGCUCGUUUUCGUACUCGCGUUGUUGUGGUGGAGGCGAAGGCAUGAUCAGGGACCAUUCUUUGAUGUAAAAGAUAAGCAUCAUGAAGAAGUUUCGCUAGGGAAUUUAAGGAAGUUUCAAUUUCGGGAACUUCAAAUCGCAACACACAACUUCAGCAACAAGAACAUAUUGGGAAAAGGAGGUUUCGGGCAUGUGUACAAAGGAACCCUCCAAGAUGGCACAUUGGUGGCGGUCAAGCGGCUGAAAGAUGGCGGUGCAGCUGGCGGAGAACGACAGUUCCAAACAGAAGUCGAAAUGAUCAGCCUAGCGGUGCACCGGAAUCUUCUAAGAUUAUAUGGCUUUUGCAUGACUCCAACCGAAAAGCUCUUAGUCUACCCGUAUAUGCCGAACGGCAGCGUGGCGUCUCGGCUCAAGGCAAAACCAGUGUUGGAUUGGGGUAUAAGGAAGAAAAUUGCUUUAGGGGCUGGAAGAGGGUUGUUGUACCUUCAUGAGCAAUGUGACCCAAAAAUUAUACAUAGGGAUGUGAAGGCUGCAAAUAUACUACUUGAUGAUUGUUGUGAGGCAGUUGUGGGUGAUUUCGGGCUGGCUAAGCUUUUAGACCACCAAGAUACUCAUGUGACCACCGCGGUUCGAGGCACCGUGGGCCAUAUAGCACCUGAAUAUCUCUCGACGGGUCAGUCAUCCGAGAAAACCGAUGUUUUUGGUUUCGGGAUUCUUCUGCUCGAACUUAUCACUGGACAAAGGGCUCUAGAGUUUGGCAAGGCUGCAAACCAGAAAGGGGCUAUGCUUGAAUGGGUAAAGAAGAUCAACCAAGAGAAGAAACUAGACAUAUUAGUAGACAAAGAUUUAAAAAAGAACUACGACAUAAUGGAGUUAGAGGAGCUUGUAAAAGUGGCAUUGUUGUGCACACAAUAUCUUCCCGGAAGCCGCCCAAAGAUGUCGGAAGUUGUACGAAUGCUGGAAGGUGAUGGGCUGGCAGAGAGAUGGGAAGCUUCACAGGGGAUUGAGUCCUCCGGAAAGUACAGAACGCCGGAGCUCUCGUCGUCGGAAAGAUACUCCGAUCUCACUGAUGACUCUUCCUUAUUGGGCCAAGCCAUAGAACUCUCCGGCCCAAGAUGAAAUUUCAAGUGUAUUUAGUUUUCUUUCAAUGAUUUUGUUUAUUAAUGGUUUUUUUGUACAUAACUUUUCUCUAGAACUGAAAGUAGUUAAUUAGUUUGUUCAAGGUUUUAAAAAAGUUAUUAAAUAAGACUCCUAACAUUAAAAACGAAUA